AUGCCUCCAAAUAUACGUUACAUCGGGAAUUAUGACAUAAAUGCAGAAGGGAAAUUCCUUUGGGAAAUUCUCUGUCAAUUGCGAAACCUUGGGAUCGGAAGAAUUGUGACGAAAAAUGAGUGGGCAAGGAAAUGGCCGAAACAACCAUCGUAUUUAAAAAUUGUUCAGGCCUGUCCAAGUAUGGAUCGUUGGUUACUUCGGGGGAAACUCUGGGCAGAUUGGACCUUUAGAGGUAUUAAUUUAGGUGUAUAUGAAUUUGGCACGGAUUUGGCACGCGCAGAUUGGCGUUUAAUCCACAAACACGAGGAAGAUGAAUUUGUAAAAUGUGAUAGUCCUAUGAAACCAAUUGAAUAUCCAAAAACAAUGCCACUUCCUCCAUAUCUUCGAACUGUAUGUGAAAACGGUGAUAUUGUUAAAGUGGAGGAAAAACGGAUAAAUUUGGAUUUAUGUUUGGACCCUCAAUUUAGCAUGAUUAAGCACCUUUUCAAGCAGGUUGAUGCAAAACAUGGAAAUUCUAUCUAUGACGAAACAAGACCGGAAAUUUGGUUAGAUUUAUACGGUAAUGAAAUGCCGACAAAAGUGGAGGGAUGGACGGUUGGUCCGGCAGAGUUACGACCCCAUUUCGACAGUUCUGUUCCGACGCCUUGUCCUCCGGAGCUGGACAACAUGUCAUUGCCUGAAUUUAAAUUCAAUUUCCCGGAAAGUAUAGACGAUGUUGCAAAUAGCGAAAAGUCGAAUAGAAACAAACAUCCUUUUAUUCAAGUGGUUUUUGUUUCGAGCAUAUUAAAUGCAGUGAUGGUAGAACCCGUGAAAAUGAUAUUGGUGACGGGGGGUGUCAUGAGUGGUGUUGGUAAAGGUAUUAUCUCAUCCAGUUUGGGUGUAUUGCUCAAAGCUCACGGUUAUCGAGUUUCGUUUAUUAAAAUUGAUCCAUAUAUUAACAUCGAUGCUGGCACAUUUUCACCUUUCGAACAUGGUGAAGUGUUUGUUUUGGAUGACGGCGGUGAAGUCGAUUUGGAUUUGGGUAACUACGAAAGAUUCCUGAAUAUUCGUUUAACGCGUGAUAAUAAUAUUACGACGGGCAAGAUAUAUCAGCAGGUUAUCGAGCGUGAAAGACGUGGGGAUUAUUUGGGCAAAACGGUGCAGACGAUACCGCAUAUAACAAGUGCAAUCAUUGAAUGGGUAGAGCGUGUAGCAGCGAUACCGGUUGAUGGUACGAAUCAGCGACCCCAACUUGGUGGUACCAUUGGUGAUAUUGAAAGCAUGCCUUUUGUUGCUGCUUUUGAAAAAUUUCAAAGACCUGCGUUCAAAGAUCAGCUAAUGACAGUGCAUGUCUCUGUAAUUUUGGAACCAAAUAGUAUAGGCGAGUUGAAAACGAAACCAAUGCAAAAUAGUAUGCGUAAUUUACGAGCUGGUGGUUUGACUCCAGAUUUGUUGGUGUGUCGAAGUGAGCGGCCACUAAAUAAAGCGUUACGUGAAAAAAUUGCAGCGUUUGGGAUGGUUGAAUUGGAGCAGGUAAUUGGUGUGCACGACGUCUCGAAUAUUUACAAAGUGCCACUUCUCCUUCAUAAACAAAAUGCGCUGGAAAUGAUUAUUGAACGAUUGAAAUUAACAGCAAUAAAUGCUGAAGACACACUCAUACUGAAGCCCAAUCUUUUCCAGUGGACACAUCUCUCCAACCUUUGCGACAGUUUUCAAGAAGAAGUCCGAAUUGCAUUAGUUGGAAAAUACGUACAAGUCCCCGAUGCAUAUGCAUCAUUGAACAAAGCCCUUCGACAUUCUGCAAUUCAUGCUAAGCGACAGCUUGUUAUUUCGUAUAUUCAUUCGGAACAUCUCGAAGAAACGGAUGAUUCAGUACAUACUUCGGAUUAUAAUUGUGCAUGGGAGACGAUUAAACGAUGCCAAGGUGUAAUAGUUCCGGGCGGAUUUGGUGGUCGUGGUAUUAAGGGAAAAAUUGCAGCGUGUAAGUAUGCGCGAGAGAACAAUAUUCCGUUCUUAGGAAUUUGUCUCGGUAUGCAAUGUGCCGCAAUCGAAUUUGCGCGAAAUGUCUGUGGUAUCAAAGGUGCUAAUUCAACUGAAUUUGACAAGACAGUUGUUGGAGAACAGCAGAUAGUAGUUGAUAUGCCAGAGCACAACGGUGACGAGAAAGGUAUGGGUGGUACGAUGCGUCUUGGCUUGAGAGAUACAGUUUUUCUGACGGAAAACUGCAAAUUACGAAAAUUAUAUAACGCGAAAAAAAUCAGUGAACGUCAUAGGCAUCGUUAUGAAGUCAAUCCUAGAAUUGUUCCGAAACUUAGUCGAGCUGGUCUACUCUUUGUCGGUAUGGGGACAGAUAAAAAUAUAGCACAUAUAAAUGAGAACGUAUCAUCAUAUUCUACAUUACUGAAAUUAGCUGAAUGUGAAACGUCGAGAACUGUGGAGGAAAAAAGUACGCAAGAAGCGUAUGAAAUCUCUGAACGAGAAAUUUUAUUGUCCAAAAUUGAAGAUUUUUGCGGAAGUGGGGAUGAUGAGAUUGGCGUAUCUGUGCGUAUGGAAAUUUUUGAAUUGCAAGAUCACCCAUACUUUGUUGGCGUUCAGUUUCAUCCGGAAUACCUAUCACAUCCAUUACAACCGAGUCCUCCACUUUUUGGCCUAAUCUGUGCCGCUUCCGGGCAGCUGGAAAGUUUUCUUCGUGGUUCCAGGAUACCUUUGCCAGUGAGCAUCUUGAAAGCAGCGGUGAAUUAUAAUUCGAAUGUUAAUGAAAACAUACUGCAAGCAACUCAUUUAUUUGUCGAUAAAGUUAGUACACUGGUUGAUACAUCUGAUGAAAACUCGAAUAAGUGGUAG